CCAUGUCCAGAAGCCCUGGCCCUUGUAUCUUCUGUCUGCUUCUUCGUGGCUCUGUGUAUGUGCUGCAGCAUUGAGGUCGCUCAUCUCGUUCCCGUUAGAGACGAGGCACUUCACUUACGGUAAAACGAGUCUCCGGCCAAAAGGAGGCUAUCUGCCCGGACAGUUGACAGUCGUUAUCCACUCAGUGCACGGCCAACAUGAUGAAAAUUUUAAUUCUGAUCGCCGUCGCGGCGGCGGCGAGCGCUUCGCCUAUACCUGGGGGCAAGGAAGUGAGCGAAAGGGUGCUGUACGACCAGAGGCAACAAGGAGAACUAAACGUUAGAGCGGAUCUCAAAAACUUCAUGAUCCUUAUCAUCCCUACGCCCUCCGUACCGAACGCUUCGAACACGGCCACUCUACUGGACCUCCUCUCCAAAUCUCUACCUUCCAGGCCACACCUGAAGCGGAUCAAACCCACGUUGGUACCGACACCCGACGCGGCAGAAGAGACCCAACACUUCAUCGAAGCCAAAUCUGCUCCCUAUCACGUAGACAUCACCAAAACCAAAGAGCAGUUGGCUAAACUACGCCCCGGCAAUGAGGAAAUCUUACUAGCAACCUCCCCGAACAUCGCUCUGGUCAAAUCAGGGUCGGACUCGCCCUCCGUGAGGAUGUCGAGGUCUUCAAGGGCGUACGUCUUCACCGCGCCGACAGAGGAAGAGUACACGGUGACCAAAACCGAGGAUGUGAAGAAGGUGGUGAAGAAAGAUGGCAAAAAGUUUAUGAAAGAGGCUCCCACUAAACAUACCUUGGAACUGUUGGGGGCGGAGAAUGAGCAGUGCGGUCCGGAAAUGGAGAGGGAUUCGAAGGGGAUUUGUAGGACAAGCAAGACUUUAUAACUGUUUAGAUUUUCUAUAUUUUGUAUGCCUAAUUUAUUUGUAAUUAAUUUAUUGUAAUAAA